GAGAAACGGCUUCUUGCCGAACCGAUAAGAAGCCGGCUGGAGAAGACGACAGAGAUAAUAAAUCUUUUGUGGUAUAUAAACCGACCUGAUCCUCCCCAGUUGGUACAGAUUAGCCACUUAUUUUUCCGUACGUUUUUCAGCAACAUUGAGAACAACAACAAACAACAUGACCAUUACAUCCUACAGUCAAGAUCUAAAAAUCAACUCAAGAGAGUUGAUAGAUACCAUACACUCCACUGCCGACAUGUUCGGCGCCAAGGGCGUGUGGGGUCCUGAACCUACGCAGACCGGUGUAUGCAGAUUAGCGUUGAGUGACCUCGACAAGCAGGUGAAAGACUGGUUCAUUGCCGAAACCGAGAAGUUAGGGUGCACAAUCAAGGUCGAUGAAUGCGGCAACAUCUUUGCCAGAUACCCGGGCAAGUACGACGAUCACGCUCCUACAGGAAUGGGUUCCCAUCUCGACACGCAGCCCACCGGAGGAAGAUACGACGGGAUCUACGGUGUCUUGUCCGGGCUGCAGGUGUUGAGAACCCUCAAGGAGAACAACAUCACCCCGAACUUCCCCAUCACACUUGUCGACUGGUGUAACGAGGAGGGCGCCCGUUUUGCCAUGAGCUUGAUGGCGUCGAGUGUUUGGGCGGGUGUGAAGACCAAGGAGGAGAUCUACGCCUUGAAGGACGUCUACGACAACGAGACGACGGUCCUACACGAGCUCAAGAGAAUCGGCUACCUGGGCGAGACCAAGUGUUGCCAUAAGGCAAACCCACUCAAGUGCCACUUCGAGAUCCACAUCGAGCAGGGCCCCAUUUUGGAGGAACUCGAGAAGAAGAUCGGCGUGUUGACCGGUGCGCAAGCGUACAACUGGUUGAACAUCAAGGUCACCGGCAUGUCGCAGCACACCGGGACGACCCCGAUGGAGUUCAGAAGAGACGCCUUGUUAGCCACGGCGAAGAUCAUUACAGGCAUCAAUGAGGUCGCCAAGCAGCACAAGGGCUUGGCGUCCAUCGCCAAGCUAAGCUUGCUCCCCGACGUAGUCAACGUUGUCCCCGGGGAGGUCGACUUUGUCCUCGACAUCAGACACGAAACCGACGAGGGCCUCGCACACAUCCGCAAAGACUGUCUUGCCGUCAUCGAAGAGGCCUCUCUCAACAAGGCCGGUAACGGCACCAGACUGCCCUACACCAUCGACGAUCCAUACCCAUACCCUGCGACGCACUUUGACAAGACUCUUGUCGACGUGAUCGACCAGUCCGCCGCUGCCGUCGUCGGCGACGACCUCAAGCACAAAAUGUACAGUGGGGCUGGCCACGACUCAUGUGCUACAAACCUCGUCGUCCCAACUGCCAUGAUCUUCGUUCCAAGCAGAAACGGUAUUUCUCACAACCCCGAGGAGCACACUGAGCCCGAGGAUCUUGAGCUCGGCUUCCGCGUCCUACUCGAGUCCAUCCUCAGAUACGAUGCCGCUCGUCUCGCCGAACUCUAGGCACCUUAUGCACCCGUGUAGACCUGUAUAGCAGCAAUAAGUAAGAACAAGUGCU